UGCUGGCAGGGGAGUUGGCCGGCUGCAGCCAUGAAACUGGUGCUGUUGCUGGCCCUCAUCCUCUGGGUUCAGGCCGGGGGGGCUAGCAGGGGGGCCCCCAAGAUGCCCUCCAAGGAGCUGAGCCCCCCAUCUGCUCUGGGUCCCAAAAACCAUAGCUCCCCAUCUGCUCCCCUCCCUGAGGACCCAGCCCUCACAAGCGGCCCCCCAGAGAAGCUGAGCGCCCAGGAUCCAGCCCCACAACUGAGCCCCAUGGAGGGGCAGCUGGUGCUGGGGAAGGGGCCACCCCCCUGGCGGAGCAAUGCCCCCCGGCUGCAGAGGGGCAGAGCCCGGCCAGGCGCGCAGCUCGAGGGGGGACCCAUCAUGCCCUCACUGCCCACCACCUGCCUCCUCUCCGAGUCGGCCAUCGCCUGCAGCAACGUCCACAUGAAGCAGGUGCCAGCGCUGAGCGACCCUGGGCUGAAAAUGCUCUACCUGGCAGACAACGAGAUCUCCCGGCUGCCACGCGGGGCCUUUGCGGGGCUCCCCAACCUGCAGUGGGUGGAUCUCAGCAAGAACCAGCUGGACUCCAAGGGCCUGCACCCCAAGGCCUUCCAGAACCUGACCCAGCUGAAGCGGCUGAAUCUGGAUGGGAACCGUCUCAGGAGGAUCCCGGUGCUGCCCCCGUCCCUGCUGGAGCUCAAAGUGAACGACAACAGGCUCCAGGGCCUGCAGAGAGACACCUUCCGAGGCCCCCGUCUCUCGGCAGGGCUCGAUAGGCUGUUGACCCUGGAGCUGGAAGGAAACGACCUGCAUGACGGGAACGUGAUCCCAACGUCCUUCGCAGCCUUGCACGGACUCAUGUACCUGCGGCUGGAUCGGAACCGGUUCCGGGCCAUCCCCUCAGGCCUGCCCUCCACCCUGCAGGAGCUGCAUCUCGACUCCAAUCACAUUGAGGAGGUGCGGGAGGGGCUGCUCAACAAGACCCUGAACCUCAGCGUCCUGGUUCUGAGCAACAACAGGCUCCAGGAGGAUGGGAUUGCGCCACGGGCUUGGAUCGACCUCCCGAAGCUGGAGUCCCUGGACCUCUCCUACAACCGACUGGUGCACGUGCCGUCCUUCCUGCCGCGCCGGCUGCGCCAACUGACGCUGCACCACAACCGCAUCGAGCGCAUCCCGGGCUAUGUCUUCGCCCACCUGCGCCCGGGGCUGGAGUUCCUGCACCUCUCUCACAACCGCCUGCGGGCUGAGGGCGUCCAUGCCACCUCCUUCGCCGGGCUGGGCCGCUCGCUGGCCGAGCUGCUCCUGGACCACAACCGGCUGCAGGCCGUGCCCCGCGGGCUGCUGGGCCUCAAGGGGCUGCAGGUCCUGCGGCUGAGUCACAACCUCAUCAGGUGUCUGAUGGGAUCCAGAUGUGGGCCUGGCUUGUGUGUGUGCGUGUGCGUCCGGCAUCCAGCUCCCAGCGAGGGAAUCCACCCAGCCAGACCCACAGCGCCGCCCGGACGGACCUGUGCUGCUUCAGCGUGCGCAUUGCCCCCGAACUCCCACAGCCCCACCAUGCUGCGUGUGCUGCUCCUGGUGGCCCUGCUGGGCCUGGCGGGGGCGCUGCCCUUCGAGCAGACGGCCUUCUGGGAUUUCUCCAUGGACGACGGCCCGGCCCUGCAGAACGACGAAGAGGCCUCGGGCAUCUUCCCCACCUCGGGGGUCCCUGACUUCGAGGACGUCGUCACCACCUACGGGGGCCUGUGCCCGUUCGGCUGCCACUGCCACUUGCGGGUGGUGCAGUGCUCUGACCUGGGCCUGAGGACGGUGCCCAAGGAAAUCGCCCCUGACACGAAGCUGCUGGAUCUGCAGAACAACCAGAUCACGGAGCUGCGGCGCGACGACUUCAAGGGGCUGCAUCACCUCUACGCCCUGGUGCUGGUGAACAACAAGAUCUCGCGGGUGCACGAGAAGGCCUUCAGCCCCCUGCACCGCCUGCAGAAACUCUACAUCUCCAAGAACCUGCUGGCCGAGAUCCCGCCCAACCUGCCGCCCUCCCUGGUCGAGCUGCGCAUCCACGACAACAAGAUCCGCAAGGUGCCCAAGGACGUCUUCAAGGGGCUCGCCAACAUGAACUGCAUCGAGAUGGGGGGCAACCCCUUGGAGAACAGCGGAUUCGAACCCGGCGCCUUUGACGGCCUGAAGCUGAAUUAUCUGCGCAUCUCAGAGGCCAAACUGACAGGUGUCCCCAAAGACCUGCCUGAGACCCUGAACGAGCUGCACCUGGAUCACAACAAAAUCCAAGCCAUUGAACUGGAAGAUCUGAUCCGCUACGGCAAGCUGGCCAGGCUGGGGCUGGGGCACAACGCCAUCCGGAUGAUCGAGAACGGGAGCUUGGCCUUCGUCCCAGCGCUCCGGGAGCUGCACCUCGACCACAACCGGCUCUCCCGCGUGCCCUCCGGGCUGCCCGGCCUCCGCUUCCUGCAGGUGGUGUACCUCCACGCCAAUGACAUCACGCAGGUGGGAGUGAACGAUUUCUGCCCCGUGGGGUUCGGGGUGAAGCGAGCCUAUUACAACGGAAUCAGUCUCUUCGGGAACCCGGUCCCCUACUGGGAGGUGCAGCCGGCCACCUUCCGCUGCGUCACCGACCGCCUGGCCAUCCAGUUCGGCAACUACAAGAAAUAAGGGG